AUGGCCAUGCUCAACAAGCGGAGAAAUUCCCGCUUUACAGAGAGUUACGAGUUCUACAGCAGCGACUUCACCCGGUUCAGCGGGUCAAUCGUGCUGACGGAGAGUAAGAGUAAUGUUAAUUAUGAUGCCAUUCUCGACUCCCUAGAAGACCUGCACCAGAUCCCCGGCAUCUUUCGCGAGGGCAUCUCCCUCACAGGCGGUGCUGUCGCCAUUCUCCUGCAGGCAGCGGCGCGUGGGACGCCGGCGACAGAUGCCAAUGCAAGAGCAACAGCAGAACUAUCAGAGGAGUUAUACCGGAAUCUGCGUACAACGGUCAUCUAUCUCCAGGGCCUGACGUUUGGCACCAGGGACCAGCGGCGGCAUAUCCUGGAACGCACGCAUUCUCAGAAACAACGACAACAACCACAACAAGAUAAUCAAAAACCCCGAGCCAAUAUUCACGAUCAGUACACACAUGACCCAAAACUGCGCCUGUGGAUCGCCGCAACCCUGUAUGCCACUACAACCGAAGUAUACCAGCGCGUCGUGGAACGACUAUCCCUUGAGCGCGCCGAACGUACAUACUACGAGUUCUCCGUGCUGGCCAAAGCCCUCGAUCUGCCCAAGGACUCAUGGCCGCAGAACCGCAACGCCUUCUGGGUCUACUGGGACGAGAAUGUUGAGCUUCUCGAUGUUGACUCGAGUGCACGCCCGCUUGCCGACGGGCUCAGGAACCUGCAGGAUCUCCCGGCCUGGCUGAAGGUGAGCAAGUCGUUCAUCAGCAACAUCACCCCGGAGAUGUUACCGCCGCAUGUGCGCGAGCAGUACGGCUUUCAGUCAUCCAUCACCAGUCGGUUCAAGUAUCGGUUAUACAUGGGCGGAGCCAAGGCAAUAUACCCAGUGCUGCCGAGUGCCAUUCGAUGUAUGCCGAUGAAGAGGGCGAUGAGGGAGGUGGAGGAAAUGCUGCAAGAAAAUUAA